AUGAUCACCCGUAGCUCUGUUCAUACUGGGCUCCUAUUUGGGAUUCCAACAGCUGUUUUUGUUGGUGUGAUAACUAGUGUCCCGUUCCUCCUACCGACUUGGAAUGAAUCUCGCAAAAUCGAAGCUGCAGACUGCCGGACAGCUCCAACAUCUGUUUCAGUGCUACGAACGAUUGAUGAAAAAACCAUUGGACCGGUAUGCCACUGUCCCUUGCAUGAAACGAGCUGGACAGACGUACUUGACUUUCUAUCCAAUGAACUUAUGAAAGUUGACCCCGAAUGGUGGUUACUGUCGGGGUGCCUUCUUGUGAUGCUCUUACAAGAAUUCGUCAAGAAAAAGCCGCAGCAGAAAGAUCACCAGGAAGACCCACAGAUAGUCGAGAAAGCGAGCAUCAGGGUCGACGACUCUGUAGUAGGCAGCCCCUUGGGACUACGAGAGAGGGCCCUGUUGCAAUUUCAGAGAAAUAGGUCAGAGCCCGUUGACUUCAGAUACGGCCAUCCAAGCGAACAAGACGGGUUUGACCUCGAUAUCUCAGAAUCUACUUUCAACGAGUUUCUACAGCGCUUUUCUGCCAAAAGCAUACUCUCGUCAAGACCAUCAAUUCAGAUGUCGCCAGACAGAACUCAGCAACCGGAAAGGAAGGCCGCUACUUUUACAGAAAAUCGUACACAUGGUUACCAAGGAAAGCCGCUUGGGGAAACUACUGGUUCUGGAGCUGCAAGCUCGUCAGUUCCAAGUUCUUCUACAAAUCCAGCUUCGGUCACUCUCAGUAUAUCUAGUCCUCACGACGUGCUUUCAAGAUCCUCUGAGAACAGCCUGAACAUUUAUUUUACGCCUCAAUCACACUCAUUAGAUGACAACAAGGCUAUUGUUACUCAGGAACAGGUCUACUCUCAGCCUUUCAAUUAUUGA